AUGAUUCUUUCGUUAAAAUACUUAACCUUGGGGUUAUAUUUGUCCCUUUGUAGGGCUAUUAUAAUAGACAGUCAAAAAAGCGGAAAUUUUCUGGUGCUGUUUCAAAUUUUUUAUGAUGACGAGGGUGAGUAUUUCAUGGCCGGUGAGGAUAUGUCUUUUAGCGUUAAGGAUUGCCAAAAUGACGAUGUGUGUCCAAAAAUAUCACCUGUUGGUAACGUUGGUGACUUUUUCCUGAAAGUUAAUUCUUAUGACUUCUUUAAGUCUGCAUUGGAAAUGAACAAAAAUUCCUUCAGUGAAAACUUGAAUCAAACUGGUGGCUUCUUUCAUUCAUGGCAAUUUGAUGACAAGGGAAAUCGAUUACAUUCAUUUCAUUUCGAUCAUAAAUAUAAAUUAAUUAUUGUUGUGCCUUGUUAUCUAUUCAGUAUCAUACUUUGCACGUUCCUUUACUAUGCCAAACGAGAAACAUUAGUGAAAAUGAACUUUAAGAUGAAUAACAUAUCUAAGCUACUUUUGAAGUAUGCCACAUUAAAGAUAAUCGUCUCACUGCUAUAUCUAAUGCUGCUAGUAUUAUUUGACGAUCAUGGAAUCAAUAUUUUUGGUAGCAAAAGUUUAUUGUUAGUAUUCUGCUUUUUAAACUAUGUUUUGCUUUUGCUUGGAUAUGCUUUGGUUAUCUUAUUUGUUGCUGGAUACUACACAAUUUUCUUCACAUUUACGAACUGUAAAAAAGUAUUAAUCAAUGUCACUGUAUUAGUACUUCUUCAAGGAAUAUUUUUACUUCCAAUGCUAAUUAAUCAGUGUAAUAUGAUAAUGCACACCAACAUUCCUUACUUUGGCGAGAACAUGAUAUUUAGGGUCCUUUAUAUCAUAUGGAGGAUCGUAAUGGCCAUCAACAUUUUGUGUCUAGCUUAUUACACGUAUAUAGGAAAAUCCAAUAAGGACCGAAAAUUCCUUAUUUCAUGUUGCAUAAUCGGAGGCGGUUAUCUAUUGAAUCCUUUUAUUAUUGUUCCUGAAGGUGGAGGUCAAUUAUUAUAUUUUUUGAAAAAGAGCUUUAUUUUAUCAGAGCUGCUUUUCGAUAAUGAUUGGACGGAUGGUAUCCAUAUCCCCGAAGUUAUUGAACUCUUAAUUAUUGCGUCACUUAUGUACAUUUGGAGAGAUAAGUAUGUCGAAGAUGAUGAACUCGAAUACAAGGAAUCGAGUUUGUAUGAAACUUAA